AUGGCGUCUUCAACUCCACCUAGCCUUCGGUUUAUGAACCAUCCACAUAUUACACAUCACAGUACUCAUCAUACCAGGGAUCGCAACUGGCACUUAAGUGUUACCAUAACCUCCAGAAAAAGAACCGCAGCCGACGAUCCUCCAACCACAUAUACACCUCCAAGAUCAGACUCUCCCCUGAUUCCAGACUCUGCGUCACCUGAACGCCCAGCUCCACCUCACUCUUUCCACUCAUUCCCCCGUCUGCCCACCGAGCUCCAAACCCACAUCUGGACGCUCGCAGCGAAAGAUAUCGCACCCCGCGAUAUUACUAUCUGUCACGAACCCUGCGAAUUUGAAGGAUAUGCAAGUAUCAUUGAGAAGGUAAUCAAAUGUCUCGUCAAUCUUCUGACCAUCGGCCGGGAGAAGAGAGUUGAUUAUGAGUGUUCGGCUGUUCCUGCUUUGAUUCAUACGAAUUAUCUGGCGCGCAGUAUCGCACGUAAGGUGUAUAGGAGAUGGUUUCAGGAGGCGCUUAAUAGGAAGAUUUAUGUGGGGAUGGAGGAUAGGGUUGUGGUUGUGUCUAGGCCUGCUUGA